AUGUUCCUUUUUUUUUUCUUCCAUAAAUGCCCCUCUUUCUUCUUCUUCUUCUUCUUCUUCUCUUUUCAGACAUCGCCAAACCCUCUCUCAACUCUCUCACUAUCCCAGUGAUCCCUAAACCCUAAAUCCUCGAUCUCGAUGCAAUUGGUUUUCGGAGAAAUCGAUUGAGAUCUCCAACCCUAGUGUGAAUUCCAGCUGAAUUCUUGGUUUUUGGAGAUGGAGAAUGUGCCGGUGAUGGUGAAGGACGAGGACGAGGAGGAGGAGGAGGAGGAGGAGGAGGUGGUGGUCGUAGGUGUGCCUCGGCCGAUGUAUGGCUUGCAUGAUGCCAGCCCGCCACCGUUCUUGACGAAAACUUUUGAGAUGGUGGAGGAUCCGGAGACGGAUGCUGUGGUGUCGUGGAGCCGAGCGAGGAAUAGCUUCAUCGUCUGGGAUUCGCACAUGUUCGCCACUACGUUGCUUCCGAGGUACUUCAAGCAUAACAACUUCUCCAGCUUCAUUCGCCAGCUCAAUACUUAUGGAUUCCGAAAGGUUGAUCCUGACCGAUGGGAGUUUGCGAAUGAGGAAUUCUUGGGUGGACAGAAGCAUCUACUGAAGAACAUAAAGCGACGACGCAAUGCCAGUCAGAACUCACAGCAGCAGCAGGGGUCAGGUCCUUGUGUUGAACUAGGCCAGUUUGGGCUUGAGACAGAGGUGGAUAGACUGCGAAGAGACCGAAAUGUGCUGAUGCUUGAAGUCUUGAAGCUCAGACAACAGCAAAACAAUUCAAGAACACAACUCAUGGCAAUGGAAGAGCGACUACAAGGCACAGAAAGGAAGCAACAGCAAACAAUGACAUUCUUAGCAAGAUCGCUCAACAACCCAAGGUUCAUUCAACAAUUAGUAAUCCGUAGUGAGCAGAGUAGGCAAUUAGCAAGUCCGGGGAAGAAACGGCGACUGCCUGCAGGAGAAAUGGUGGCAGAGACAGAGACAGAGAUUGAGACAUUGCUUUCGACAUGGAUCAUCAUCGAGUGAGUAGCAGCUCAAAGUAGUGAUCAGAAGAAUAACAUUGGAAUGGAAUACGGCAAUCAGAACCUCAGUUCAGUGAGUGAUGCAAUAUGGGAGGAGUUACUGAAUGACCGGAUGUUAAUGUGGGAUGAAGAAGGACAAGGAGAUCAUUCAGAGAUCGAAGUUGAAGUGGACGAGCUGGCAUCGAAACCCUCAGACUGGGGUGAGGAUGUGCAGGACUUGGUUGAACAAAUGGAAUAUCUGGUUGCAAAACCUUAGGUGCAUGGUUAUUACAAACUACAGUCACUGCUGCUGCUGCUAUUGACUAAUUGCACUGUUUGUGUUUCAGAUUGGAAGGAGCUUGACGUUUUACAUACAUGCUUUUGAAUCUAGAUGACAUCUUUGUGAUCAUUUGGGUGUUGUUGAUUUUGUAGGGUGAUGAGGAUAAGAAAGCAGCAGCAGUAUGAGCGCGUGAAGACAUAGCAAAUAGAUGCAGACAUCUUCAAUCUAUUUGCAGAUAUAUAUAUAUAUAUAUAUAUAUGUUGAGAGUAUAGGUUCUGAACCUCUGGUUCAGAUAUAUAUAUAUAUAUAUAACUCUCUUUUAGGCCAGGGUUUAGCACACUUACAAUAUGUGAUAUGCAACCGGCUACGCUGGAUGCGUCUUUCAGUUGAUUUGCAUUUUGUUCUUUUUUUAAUGUUUUGAAUCAAAAGCAACAGUGAUUAGUUAUGAAAAGGUUGUUUUGCUUGCCA